AUGGCCGCUGUAUCCCCCCUCUUACUCCCCAGCUCUGGUACACAUCCAGUCCGCAUAGGCACCUCCCUCAAGCGAAAGUUCGCCUCCCUCGACGCUGAUUCCAAUCCCGGAGGAAGGAGACAACGACAACGGAGAGAACUCCCCGAAAGCGAGUUUCAUGCUGUGCAGUUUGGCAGACAGCCGGAGAGCGUCGACCCCGCUAGCGGAAGUAUGUUUGAUACUACUGGCGGUGCCGGCGACGGAAGUUCUAAGAUUCAAGUCGAGCGACAAUCCGCUACUGGCGAGAGGUUCCUCUUUACUGGCACACAAACCGCCUCUAAACUCCGCGACUGCCUCCUCCUCUGGGACCCCAACACCAAUAGCUUCACGCUCGAGGUGCUCUCGUCUUCCACCACGCUGGCAUACGACCGUUCAGCUACGAACGUGCUCCGGCGACAACAGGGGAUCGAAGUGAGCCUUACUCCCUCUGCUGGGGGUUCUGGCUCUGGCAGCGGGGGGAGUGCAGUGCAGCCCCCGGCUGUGGGAGGGGACGAGCCUACGCCUCUGGACCUAGGCGGGUAUGGGGAUGCGGACAUGGACGCUGAAGCGGAUGCGGAUGCGGAGGGCGACCCCGAUGUGGACGAAGAGCCCAGUCCUGUCAAUAGGAAUACAAACACCAGCGAGGAGACGUACGUCAAUGCGGAUCUUGACCCUGACCUGGAGGAACCCGAACUUCAAGCAUAUCGUCCCGCUCCCGCUCCUGUCCUGAGGCAACGCCAGCCGCCACGCACUAUCCCGGCAUACGAGGAGAUCGACAUGCGUGCUGGGUACGUGUCAGAGGAUAGCGACCUGCUGGCUGAAGGUGAUGGGGAUGUUGGAGACGUUGGAGAUCUGGACGCCGACGGGGUGACGGACGCCGAUGCGGAAGGGGUGACGGAUGAUGCUGAGGCCGAGGUGGAAGUGGAACCGACAGCCCACGAGCAGGAACAGGAUGCUGACGAGGAGUUGGACGACUUCCUUCUUGCGGACCUUACUGCUCAUCAGGAGGAGGAGGAAGAAGAGCCCGAGCCUGAGCCCACCCCCGUGCCUGAACCCGAACAUCGGUCGCGUCGUGGACGAUCAUCCACUUCUCACGCCCAUGCCGCCCCUACACAACCACCCGUUCCUCCUACCCGCCCGCAGCCGCCAGCACUCCGAACUCUCGCUCUGCCUACCGCGAGACGUAUGAGCUUGCGGAGCGCGACGACGCAAGCGAUCAACUCUGUCUCUUCUGCCAGUACGCUUCCUUCUCCCGGAACCGCUGUCAACGGGGCCAAUGGGGCUGAGAAGAAGUGGGACGACGACUCUGAUUCCGAUUCGGAAGAUGACGAGGAUGACGAGGAGGAGGGAGAUGGCGAGGACUCGGAGUUUGACUUCCUUGCUGCGGAGCUGAAUGACCCCGGACAAGAGGAGCAGUCCCAGGCGCCUGCGGAGGGAGACGAGGACUGGGAAGAUGUCGAAAGUGGACAAAGUCCGUUGGCGGGACAGAGCAGGAGCAGGGGACGACAGCUGGAUAUCUGGGGUGAUGAGGAUGAUGAAUAA